AGAGGGAGGCUGGCACCUGCGCUAUCCACUUGUCACUGUCCGAUCGGCGCGCGCGCAUCGCCGCCACCGAUACAAACGCGUCGUACACGUGCGUGACUAUCCGAUUAUCCGAUAGUCGGUAAUAUCCGAUAUUAUCCGAACCGUGGACCUUUGUAGUGAACUGUGAUUGUGUUGGACCUUUGAUUAUUGUUGAUAAGGAAAAUUAAACGGUUAUGAUGCGGCAGAGACGAGCUUUCGCCGUAACUUUUCUUCUCUUAUUACAAACGAGUGCAAUUCUAAGCGACCAAACAUCGAACGACAAUGGCGGAGGAGGUAAUAAUCCGGAGACCAACAAUGCCGUUGAGCCGUCAACAGACCAACUGGCGAUGGAGUCUGCGGAGCGCGACACGCCGAGCCAUGCGUACAAUGGCCCGCCACCGCCUGUGCCCCCGCAGCACAACAGGCGGCAGAACCCGCCCCAUCUGCAGCCGCAUCAUGCAUUAGGGAUGCCGAGAAUUUCAAAUCACCAUCAAAUUCACUCUAAGCCGUUUGCUCUGGGACCUUCAGUCAAUCAUCUGAAAAACGACAUAGGGUCCGGGUUCCGUGGCCCGCCUCCGCAACAGACGCCGCCUGCCGAUUCACAGACUGCUGCCAGCGACAAAGUAUUCACCGGAGCUGGCGAUGUUUGGCCAGCUCCUGCACCUGAUAUGCCGAAAAUAGUUUCCCUCGACGUAAAAUGUGAAAAGAAUGCCAUGCGAGUGUUUCUUAGUUUCGAUAAACCUUUCUUUGGCAUCGUUUUCUCGAAAGGACACUACUCGAAUCACCAAUGCGUCCAUCUGCCACCUAAUUUGGGUCGUGCUUCUGCUUCAUUUGAAAUCGGCGCUCAUGCUUGUGGAACCGCGGGCAGUGGAGAUCCAAGGUACAGAGGCGAUGUUGCUGCCGCCGGUACAUACUUCGAGAACGUCAUUGUUAUUCAGUACGAUCCUCAAGUACAAGAAGUUUGGGAUCAAGCAAGAAAACUGCGUUGUACUUGGCACGAUCAAUACGAGAAAGCUGUUACGUUCAGACCGUUCCCAGUGGACAUGCUCGAUGUAGUGCGAGCUGACUUCGCCGGUGACAAUGUUGGAUGCUGGAUGCAAAUUCAAGUCGGAAAAGGACCUUGGGCUUCGGAGGUAUCAGGAUUAGUGAAAAUAGGUCAAACAAUGACAAUGGUUCUUGCUAUUAAAGACGAUGAUGCUAAAUUCGACAUGUUAGUCCGUGACUGUGUCGCUCACGAUGGCCAGCGCGCUCCGAUUCAGCUAGUAGAUAGACGUGGUUGCGUCACACGGCCAAAAUUAAUGUCAAGAUUUACAAAAAUAAAGAAUUUCGGAGCUAGCGCAUCUGUGCUGUCUUACGCUCACUUCCAAGCUUUCAAAUUCCCCGAUUCAAUGGAAGUGCACUUCCAAUGUACGAUUCAGAUUUGCAGAUACCGAUGCCCCGAGCAAUGUUCUGAUGCUGCGGGCGAUUUGAAUUUGGAUUCCUCCGAGGAAAAUGCUGCACCUAAAAUUGUUCCAACGCCCGGUCUGGUGUGUAUGACGACUCCUGGCUUUGCGGCGACUCUUGGAACCCUGCUUGCUACUCUCAUUUGUUCGUGUGCGGUGUCUGCAAUUUUGUUCUUUAAAUUGCGGCCUAUAACGAGUUUAAAGAAGAAAACGGCAGCUAUCACGACAUUAGCCCGACCACACCCACCUGCAGGACCUCAUGUAAUCUCAAAGAGUCGGUUCUACUCGUAACGUUGUCACUUUAAAUAAAUUUGUACAUAUUAGUGUAAAGAGACUGAAGUACGUUGAACAUGCCAUUUGCAUUAAAUAUCAGUGCUUGUGUGAAUGCGAACUUCGGGAAUUUAUUAAAUGUAGUGUAAUAUGUAGUUUUAGAAGUCUUCUUUAACGCGAGACUUGUAUUACUGCGUUGGUUGUUUCUAGAAGACGUUUUUUAUUGUCGUGACGUUUCACUUUUUACUACCUCCUAUGUUUCGAAAGUUUGCUAAAUUGAUCAGUUGAAAAUAUCUAAAUAAUUAUUGAUCUUUUAAUUAUUUUAUUAAUACGAUAUGCAAUAUUUGGAUAUGAUGUAGUAAAUUCUGUUGUGUUCUUAACUUUAUCGACAUAUGUACAAAUUUAGAUGAAUAUGUUUCAAGCAAUAGUUAAUAGUGUAAGUACAGUCUUCCGUUACCCCUUUUCGAAGUAAAUUUGAUUCAGGGGCAACGGAAAAUCUAAUACGUGGUAUAUCAGCAUUUAGGAGAACCGCUAGAAUUAAUUUAACUUGUCAUUAGUAUUAAUAUUAUUUAUUUUAGUUUAGUUGUAGUCAUAUUACUCCUAAUUUAAUUUUGUUUCAAACCACCUGAGUACCUCCCCCUUUGAUAAGUUUUUCUUAUUACAAAUGUUUUAAAAUGUUUAAUUCCUUAGUGCUGGCAACUUAAGAAAACCCAAUUUCUUAAAAUAAUUAUUGUAGUAAACGAAUUAUUAUCGUUGUUGUUAUAAACUUUGUGACCUUGACAAAUCUGUUAUAAUUAAUUCGUAUUAAAAGGAUUAUUUCUA